AGAGGUUUCAUUCAGAAGAAGAACAUUUACAGAUAAUCUUAGACAGAUAGAACCGAGGUCCAUAAAGACCCAAGCUUCAGAAAUUUCUAACACCUUCUACUGAGCAGGAAAGAAAGCAUUUGCACAAUUUUGUGCUUAGCAAUUUGUUAUGUUCUAAGGCAAUUUUUUUUCUAAUCACCCCGCAGACAUAAUUGGAAAGCAAGAUGAACAUUAGAAAUUUUACUUGUAUUGUUAUUUUAAUAUUCUCUUUAGCAGCCUCCCCUGCUACCCUGCAGAAGGUCCCCAAGAGAAAACCAGGUGCUAAUGGAAUUUUUAAAGUUCCAGCUUGCUGUGAAGAACUAAAAGACUUGAAAGUACAAAUUUCCAACCUAAGCAGCCUCCUAGGAGAGCUAAGCAAGAAGCAGGAGACUGACUGGGUGAAUGUUGUAAUGCAGGUAAUGAAAUUGGAGGGUAGCUACAAGAAAGUGGAAACACGUGUAACAGACGUUGAAGGAAAAUACUCAGAGAUGAACAACCAGAUGGAUAUCAUGCAGUUACAGGCAGCACAGACAUUAACUCAGACCUCAGCAGAUGCGGUAUAUGACUGCUCCUCACUCUUCCAGAAGAAUUACAAGAUUUCGGGUGUUUAUAAGUUACCUGCAGAUGAUUUUCUUGGAAGUUCAGAACUUGAGGUGUUCUGUGACAUGGAGACACAAGGAGGUGGCUGGACUGUAAUUCAAAGACGUAAGGUUGGCCUGACCUCUUUCAAUCGGGAGUGGAAGCAGUAUCGUGAGGGCUUUGGAAACAUUCGUGGAGAUUUCUGGCUGGGAAAUGAGCACAUCUAUCGUUUAACUCGAAGACCAACUGUCCUCAGAGUAGAGUUAGAGGACUGGGAAGGAGGUAUCCGGUAUGCAGAAUAUUCUCAGUUUUCCAUCAGCAACGAGCAAAAUAGCUACCGUCUCUUUUUGGGAAACUACAGUGGAAAUGCUGGCAGAGACUCCCUUCGCUAUCACAACAAUACUGCAUUCAGUACCAAGGACAAGGACAAUGACAAAUGCCUAGAUGAUUGUGCAGAGCUUCGCAAAGGUGGAUACUGGUACAACUGCUGCACAGAUUCUAACCUCAAUGGUAUUUAUUACCGUAGUGGAGAGCACAACAAGCAUUCAGACGGCAUUAGCUGGUAUGGCUGGCAUGGGACUACUUAUUCACUUAAAAGAGUUGAAAUGAAAAUCAGACCUCUAGAUUUCCAACUCUAAAGGACAAUGUGGCCAUUGUAUCAGCAGAGCAGCAAAUGACCUCAUCAUUACCGUGCCAUCCCCAGGCACAUCUUCUUCUAUUUUUCUUCUUGUAGAUUUUAUCUGCACUGUGUAUUUAAUUUAAUGAGAUAGCCUGAUGGGGACUGGAUAAGAGGCAGAAUUCUGAACAGUGUGGGCAACAAUAUGGUGGCUAAACACGUUAAAAGUACAAUGUCUGCAUCGUAACUUCACUGUUGGGAAGGUGGACAUUUGAUCUAGCAUCUCUGACACACAACUGCAAUCCUACAAAGGUUACUGACAUACUAAAUAUUGAGAAGUACUCUAUGCUCAGAAAGAAAACAGUACCAUAAAUGAGAUUUAUAGAACAUAAGAAAAUAUUCUUCUGGACACCUUAAUCUUAAACCAAUCAAGCUAAAUUGUUACUGAAGCAAAAAUAUUUCAUAAAUCCAAAAGGUCCUGCAUCAAAUCUGUAUAUAGAAUGCUACUUGUGAUUGCUUUAGAAUAAUGUAAAGUCUAUUUUUAUUUGCUUAAUGAAACUGGAAUUAAUAAAUUUUUUGUAACA